AGGAAGUGACGGCCUGUGGUUGGGCGGUACAGGAGAGGGUGCCCCAGUCUGAAGGUUCCCCAGCGUCCAGAGAGCUGAGCCGGUUGAGAGCGCCGGGAAGUUUCCUCAAGUCGAGCCAGGUAACCAUUCCAUGGUCUGAAUCGGGAAUGAGAUCUUCUGGAAUCUCAGAACAGAAAGCUUUUUGUUCAACAUGGAGGACAAAAGACGGCGAGCCCGAGUGCAGGGAGCCUGGGCUGCUCCUGCCAAGAGCCAGGCUACUGCCCAGCCAGGCAAGAACCUGCAGGGACUGGCUGCUGCUGCUAGGAGCCGCCUUUCCCAAACGCCGGGGCAGGCCUGGAAGAACAAGGAGCAGCAGCUGCCUGAGAGAGCGUUUGUGUUCCAAGAACCUCAGCUGGUUGUACGUACAGCCCCAGAACCCAGAGUGAUUGACAGGGAAGGUGUGUAUGAGAUCAGCCUGUCCCCCACAGGUGUGUCUAGGGUGCGUUUAUAUCCUGGCUUUGUGGACCUGAAGGAAGCUGACUGGAUAUUGGAGCGCCUUUGUCGGGAUGUCCCCUGGAAACAGCGGAUGGGCAUCAGAGAGGAUAUAACUUAUCCGCAACCAAGACUUACAGCAUGGUAUGGAGAGCUUCCUUACACUUACUCAAGAAUCACUAUGGAACCAAAUCCUCACUGGCAUCCCGUGCUCUGCACUCUGAAGAGCCGCGUUGAGGAGAACACUGGCUACACCUUCAACUCCUUGCUCUGCAAUCUGUACCGGGACGAGAAGGACAGCGUGGACUGGCACAGUGACGAUGAGCCCUCGCUGGGGAGCUGCCCCGUCAUUGCCUCACUUAGUUUUGGUGCCACUCGGACUUUUGAGAUGAGGAAGAAACCUCCACCUGCGUGCCUCAAGCCUUCAGUCAGGCCCCCUGCCUGUACUUCUUCAGCUCAUCUUCCCAGCGUGUGCCCCCACAAUCAGACCCGAAGCGGAAGCCAUGAAGGAACUCGGCUGCUGGCUUAUUCCUUGUGACUUGCUCAACCAGCUUUCAUAUACCACCUAGGGCUACAAACCCAGGACUGACACCACCCACAGUGGGCUGGGCCCUCCACGUCAAUCAUUAAUCGAUAAAAUGCCUCACGGACUUGCCUAUCAGCCAUCUGAUGGGAACAUCUUCUCAGUUGAAGUUCUUUCUUCCCAGAUGACCCUGGACUGUGUCAAACUGUCCAAAAAAAUAGUAAUAACAACCAGAACAAGACUGUUAUUACUUUCUUUUUCUUCAAUUCCAUUGGGACCUGAUAAUGUUUUCUAUAACAAUUAUCUUCCUGUAAAGUUGUUGAGAUUAUUUUCUGUGACCUGGUGAAAGGUCUAUGGCCACAAGAAAUAUGGCAUAUUUAUUAUUUUUGUAUACGACAUCUGUCUAGUAAAUGGUAUUAUUAGUGUCCUCUGUAUCUGUGACAUGGACAAAGAUAUUUACCACCAUUUUUUGCAUGAGAGGGAUGCAGCCUCAAAGCAAGGGAUGGUUCAGGAGUGCUCAUUCCUAUGUGAGCCUAUUAUUCCAGCACUUUCAAAGUAGCUGUCAGGAGAGGAGAAAGGGUGUGGCCAAGUAAGGAUGCACAGAAAUGACGUCAGCAUAAAAGUUAUGUGAGAAAGAGGCAUGCGUGUGGCUACUGGCCCACAGACUGAUUGGAAGACCAUGUGAGAGAAUCCUAGCACAGUGUCCAGGCAAUUGUUUUUCCCAACUAUAUUACAAAGCCUCUUAAUUGUUCAGGUCCCCAAACAGCUUCUAAGGAAGACAUACUUCGUGAUAUCUACUUCAGAUGAGCAGGACAGACAAGGUAGAAUCUUCCAGAGGGCAAAACCAGGACAGCAGGGCCCUCCACCAUUCCUGCUGUAUCCUGGGUGUCAUCCAUGUCUUCCUCCCAUUCAGAAUGGGAGUAUUCAUCAUGAUUUUCCUUUCCCUGUCCAACAUUGUCUACUUGGCAAGUGAGUGGGGCCCGCAAAUUGUCUUUCAGUUCAUAGGUCCUUGUGGUAUUUUGCUUGUAAUUGGUCAUCAUAAUCUCACAGGCAGUGGCACUAUUAGGAGGUGAGGUUUGUUGGAGUGGGUGUGGCCUUGCUGGAAGAAGUGUGUCACUGUGGGAGCAGGCUUUGAG